AUGGAAUGCUCAAUUACACCCACUGAAGCGCCUCCGGCGGCGCCUAAAAACGAGAGGCGCAAGAAGAAGCAGCCCAAAGCCAGCAGCGACUCCUUCGAUGAUCUCUUGGAGCUUGAAUCGCUUUCCGUAACUCCUAACAAUCCGCUUCUUGUGGAUUGUUUACCUGGAGAGCCGUUGCGCCGUCUUAACAAGUGGACCACGGCGAUUCCGCCCAGCAAACCCGUUCACGAGCAGUUCAAGGGUCGCCCGUUCCCCGUCGGCGCGGCGCGCAGCAACGACGAGGAGAAGCGCCAUCUGGAGAAGGUGUCUGCGGAUUCCUACCAGGACCUGCGUCGCGCCGCCGAGGUCCACCGGCAGGUACGACGUUACAUCCAGUCGGUAGUCCGUCCAGGCAUUACGAUGUUGGAUCUUGUGAACGCGGUUGAAACGAAAUCCAAAGAGCUCAUUGCUGCCGACGGCCUUAAAUGCGGAUGGGCGUUCCCAACCGGGUGCUCUCUGAAUUCGUGUGCAGCCCACUACACGCCAAACUACGGCGACAACACCGUGUUGACCAAGGGCGACAUAUGCAAGCUCGACUUCGGCACCCAGGUGAACGGCCACAUCAUCGACUGCGCGUUCACCAUCGCCUUUGACGAGCAGUAUGACGAGCUUAUCAAGGCAACUCAGGAGGCCACUAACGUCGGCAUUCGCGACGCGGGCAUAGACGCUCGUUUGUGCGAGAUAGGUGAGGUGAUUCACGAGACGAUUGAGAGCCACGAGGUCACCAUCCAGGGGGUCACCUACCCGGUGAAACCCAUCCGGAACCUUACUGGCCACAGUAUCGGUUCGUAUCGCAUCCACGCGGGCAAGGCCGUGCCCAUCGUGCGCAACAGCGGCUGCUCUGACAGAAUGGAGGAGGGCGACCUGUUUGCUAUCGAGACUUUUGCCACCACUGGCAAAGGCACGGUGGUGGAGUCGAUGGACUGCUCGCACUACAUGAAGGACUUCGAAGUGGGCUUCGUGCCGCUUACGCUGAAGAGUGCUCGCGACGUUCUGAAGUGCAUUAACACGAACUUCAGCACCCUGGCGUUCUGCCGCCGUUGGCUGGACGACCUCACCGGCGGCAAGAACUUGCUGGCUCUGAGGCACCUGGUAGACAAGGGAAUCGUGAACCCGUAUCCGCCUCUGUCCGACAUCCGCGGCUCUUACACAUCCCAGAUGGAACACACCAUCCUGCUGCGUCCCACGUGUAAAGAGGUGCUGUCACGCGGUGAAGAUUAUUGA